AUGAACUUUGCACCACCACCUCGAUUAUCUUCUCGCGGUAAUCAUGAUAACAACAAUCACCAACAUACUACCAGUGCCACUUCAUUACCCAUCAGACAACGUGCCCAAUCUGCUCAAUCUCAUGAUCCAUCCAUUUUGAAUUUGAAACCAUUCAAUCAAUCAACUCCCAGAUCACGUCCAUCUUUCACAACACAGCCCAAUUCAAGUACUUCAACCUUGAAUCGAUCUGCUCUUCCAUCACCUUCAAAUCGAUUCACAAGUGCUCGUUUGAAUUCUCAAAGUUUCAAAUUAAAUGAUGAACCUCAUCAACUUUCAACCUCAACAUCAUCAUCUCCAAAUCGACAACGUACUCAGACACUUACUUCAAUACCUAUUCCUAAACAAACCUUUCGAUCAAAUACAGCGAUCACACCACAAAGAUCUCGGACUCGCCUCACUCCAUCUCGAUCAACUAGUACUUCACCUUUACCACCUCGUAAUGUUCGAUCACCUAAUCCUACCAUCACAUCUGAUGAAGAACCGGAUAUACCACUUCGUAAAUCUUUACGGACUAAUCCAAACCAAUCAUCCGUCAUCAAGAAAUCAUCUAACAAAUCCAAUCCAAUCACCAAUACAAAUGUUAAAUCAAAAUCAAAAUCAACUACAUACUUACCUCAAUCCAAUACUGAACCCAUCAGAUUACAAAGUUUUGAUUUAAAUCCACUGAAUGUAGAAAAAUCUAAUCACACUGAAUCUACAUUUUCAUCUCUUGAGAAACCUUUGCGAUCGAAUUCCACCAAUCUCAGUUGCAAAUCCAUCCCAGAAGUGAUUAAUCUUGUUACUAAUAGAGAAAGCAUCUUGAAGAAUUCGAUCAACUCAGUCAAUGAACUUCCAAAUCACUUUGAUCUACCGAUUGAUGAUGAAAGGAAAAGGGCUCUUCAACACAUCAUGACUUCAUUGGGACACGAGUCUUUCAUAAGUCUCAUCGAUCAAUUCAAACUACAUGAACUUCUUUCACAACGCGAACUUUAUCAUACUCAACAACAAAUCCAAUCACGUCUCGCUUUCAUUCAACCUGAUCUCUUUUCACCUCAACCUGAAUUGUUCAGAUCUCAAAAUUUUGAUUCGAGCGAACAUCCAACUUCAGAAUCCAAACUGCACACUACUUCAUCUCAUUCAAAUUCUUCAGCUCCCAUCCACUAUCCAACAUCAAAUAAUAAACGAUCAGGAUCAAGUUCAACACCUGGAAAUAACUUUCUUGAAAAAUUCCGUACCAAAUUGAAUUCAAAGAACCUCUUGGGAAACAAAACUAGAAACAAGAAAUUAAGUGGUACAAUCUCAAGUCAACUUUUUUCACCUACUUCAUCCUUUAAUCGGAUUUCAUCCUCGGAAAAAAUCAGUAUAAGUGUCUCAAGAUCAAGUGUAACUCAAGAGAAACAUAAAAGUCAAAUCUUGGGUGCUCAAUUAGAAUCCAUGAACAAAUCCACUUGCGUAAUUACUAUCGGAUCUAGUUUGCAUGUCUUACCUACUUUACCAUUCAUGGUGAUUGAAGAAAUCUAUCGUAGAGGCAUGCACACCAUUGGCAUCCUACGAAUCACAGGCGACUUCAAUCGAAUCGAUAGUUUAAUGCAACUCUUUCAAACUUGUACACAACCUGAUCUAUCACAAGAAGACAUUCAUACAUUAGCUGGCACUUUGAAACAAUUCUUAAGAGCUUUACCAGAUCCGAUUUUCCAUCCCAUCUUUUUUGAAGCACUUUGUACAUCAUGUCAAUCCACCAAUGAUGAAACUCAAUCAAAAUCAAUUGAAUUAGUUUCGAAUCUUUUAAAACUUUUACCUACCAGAUCAUUAAGUUUAUUGAUUUAUUUGAUUUCGUUUUUAUCUAAGAUCCCACAAUUUCCAGAAAAUCGAAUUCAAUUUGAUUCAAUUUCAUUAAUCUUUGGUCCUACCAUCUUUUUAUCACGUCAAAUCGGUUUACCUGGCCUAGGUUUAAAUUCGUAUUCUGCUAGUUUAGGUGAAGGACUUUUGAUCGAAACAAAAAAAUCUAGAGAUUGUUUGUUUUGGUUAUUAGGUAGAUGGGAUGAGAUUUUGAAGUGUUUGGUUUCGAAUGAAGGUUUAGAUCAGAAACUUGAAUUUGUUCAAAAGAAAGUGGAAUUGAGUUUAUCGGAUGAUUCGUUGAUUUAUUCAUCUGGAGAUGAAAACCCAACACAAACUCCAAAAGAUGAAGAUGUUCAUCAAAGUUCAAAACCGUUUACUUGGAUCAAUUUAAAUGAAGUUGAAAAAAGUCAAUCGAUCAAAACCAAUCGAACAUCUAAUUCUACCGUUGAGUUUACUACCUCCACCAUUCAUCAAGAAAUUCAAGAUUCUUCACCAGAAGACGAUCAAGGGUUUGAUGAUCGAUGUAAAGUGAACAAGGAAAAAGAAGAGAAAGUGAAGAUUAAAAGAAAUUCAAGUUUAGAUUCUAAUGAUGAAUUCGAACCUGAAGAAGUAAAUUUAAAAGUAAAUCCCCAAGAUUCGACCAUUAACCAAACAACCACAAGAAGUAGUAUCGGAUCCGAAAAGAACUUAACACUCAAUCCGACUUUACCAUUGGAUCUGAACAAAAGUUCAAUGAAGAUCAAACUUGAAUUAAAAUUAGCAUUAGAAAGAAUCAAAGAAUUAGAAAACCAAUUGAGUGAAUCAAAUGAGAUUAAAGAAGAUGAAAUUAAAAAAAGAUUACAGAUUGAAGUGGAAUUUGAUCGAGUCUUGAUGGAAUCAAAUGGUUUGAAAGAUAAAUUGAAAUCCAUUCAACUCGUUUUAGAUUCUUGA